AAUAUUAUCCUAACUGAAGUUGAAAGUCCGAAACGAAAGUAAAGACGCGAAGAAUCAAUCCAUUGACAACAGUAGAAUUCAUGAGUUCAGAGACAGAGAUAAAAAGGAAAAUAACACAGGCUGAGGCAAAAGGAUGGAAUACAAUGAUCACACACUGAACAGAGUGAGACAUUAUCUGAAAAAUGCAGACAUCCAGGCGUUGGACAGAAAUGAUGAUCCCCCUACUGGUUAUUUUCGGUUCUUCACUGUCCCUUUUACGCCCAAAGACUCCUUCAAUGAAGUCUAUCCAGGAAUCAUUAUAGGAAAUGGAGACUAUGCCAAAAACAAGAAGGAACUGAAGAGAAUUGGAGUUUCUCAUGUCGUUAAUUGUGCCAAGGGUUCCAGAUAUGGUCAAAUUGACUCGAGUUCCUCCUAUUUUAAAGAUGUAUCCAUACAGUUUUUAGGAAUACAGGCCUGUGAUGUCAUCACAUUUGACAUUUCCAAGUAUUUCCAGAAAGCUGCGGCUUUCAUAGAUCAAGCCUUAGCUAAGGGAGGCAAAGUGUUUGUGCACUGCAACAAAGGUAUCAGUCGAUCUGCAACAAUCGUCAUUGCUUUUCUGAUGAUGAAGCGAGGAAUGAACUUCAUGGAUGCUGUACGAUUAGUGCGUGCAAAGAGAGAAGUCUUGCCAAAUGAUGGGUUCCUUAAACAUCUGGCUAUACUCAACUAUCAACUGUAUGAAGCUCAGAACUCUUAUUAAGUUCAUUCACUAUUUCAUAGAUGUUUUAGCAGUUUUAUGUUCUCAUGAAAAUGUAUAUUGUGUACGUGUAAAUGAUUUUUUUUCAAUCACUUGAUGAUUUCAUUUCAUAUCAUCUCUUUUUAUACACAUGUAGACUUUUGUGAUAUUCCUAAUAAUGUAGACUCUCAGGGCUCCUAAAUACAUGUAUUUUUGUGUAUUGUAGCCAUCCUGCCUCUGCACAUAUAAAGAGUGCUGUGUGAUUAUUUUUUAUAAUAAUAUUUGAAAUGUUAGAUAUGUAUUAAUUUUUAUUUGAUUUUUGUGCCAAAUAGCGUACCAUUUCAUCACAAGAUGGCAAAGGUAUCUGAUCUCUAAUGCAUGCAGUGUACCAAGGAAGGCCUAUAAUUCUGUAUAGACCUAACAUGUUAUGUCAUUUAAUGUGUGCACAAUUUUUCAUUUCAUUUUAUUAUUCACUGAAGAUCAGAAGAUGUGGUAUUAAUCAAUUUAUGAUUUUUCUUUGAUUUUUUAAAACUUUUAUGAAAAAGUCCCCUUUUUGUGUAAUUUUCCUGAAAAGGGUGUUUGCAGAAGAAAAAAUUAGAAAACAAUGACAAAUUUAAACAUGCCUCAUUCUGACAUCAAAUUGCAAGAAAUGGUGUAAAACUGGUUGUAAUUAUUAUUAUGGUUUUUGUCAUGCAAAAAAAUGAAGUGUAUAAAGGCCUAAGUAAGAAAAAUUUCAUAUCUGAUAGAAGUUACCUCAAUUUCCACUUAAAAGGGAUGUAAAAUGCCCAAUCAAAUAUCAUAUAAUGAUCCUUAAACUUUGUCGUAUUUCACAAUAUUUGAAAUGAAAAAGAUUUGAUAAAGAUUAUUAUGGCGAUGCUUAAUUUAAUUAAGCAUCACAUAUAAGAAUAAUAAGAAUUUUUAAAUUCUUUUGUGUUAUAUUUACCUUAAAUAUCCCCAUAUCCACCAAUUUGCUGUUUAAAUGAAAUUUUUGUUUAGUUCAUGAUCAUGCAAUCUGACUAAAGUACAGACCUAUAUAUGAUAAUGGUCUUUACUUUAGUCAUAUUGGUUCACGAUCAUUUUGAUUUGCUGGGUUUUAAGAAAUAUUUUUGAUGGUCUUUAUAUGUUAGGGGCAUAACUACAUGUAAGAAAAUACCAAACUUUACAAGUAUUUUGAUAUUUCUAUAAUGCAAUGUUAGUAGUUAAGUUUCAAAAACACUUUCACAUUGUGAUAUUUGAUAUUAAGUUGUAUUGACCAUCAGGGUAAUCAGAAUGAAGGUAGCAAUCAUUAAAACUGUGUGAAAAACAUGGAUGCAUAACAGGAAACUAAAAUUUCAAGAACAUUGUUGAAUGGUGAUCAAUUUGUCAAAGAAUCAUUUCUGUUCUAUUUUUUAAAAAAAAACUUAUGUGUGGAAAAAAUAACUUUAAAAGAACAGUGGAUUCCCUAUUUGUGAACUAGUUUAUACAGGCUGCAUUAUUACUGAAACCUAUGUAAGUGUUCUUCCCAGUUACAUGUAUGCUAAUUCUUGCAUUCUGAUCAAAAACUGGAUCCUCAUAUUUGUACUAAAAUUCAAUGCAGUAAGAGGAAAAAUAUUGCAAUCUCCAAAAACUUACUUUUCAAGUUUAUUGAAAUUGAUAGAUUUUUUUUUUGGGGGGGGGGGGGGGAUUUUUGUACAUCCACUGAUCAUAAAACGUUCUCUUAAACAUGUAAUUAUCAAAGCUUCAACAUACUGAUGUACUGCCCACUGGUUUGUAUGUUAUUGGAUGUAAAUUUAAUCUAUUUAUUGGACA